AUGUCUGCUGCCACUAUUGUAUUGCCAUCGGGGGAGACCGAUGGGUUCAGAGCUGUUGGCAAGUACUCGAAGCCAAACCGCCGACCAAUUGAACCGGUUGGCCGCUAUUUCUUAGCUCAUGCUUCGAGAACGCUUAGAGGCCACACGUGGUCGGAGUUUGAGAAGUUGGAGGCGGGGAAGAAUGUCAAGGAGAUUGAGCUGAACGACGAUGACGACUUGGGCGACGAGGAGCAGAGCGAAGAAUUGUUGGACCACGAUCCAAGAGAAUGGAAAACGGCCAACUUGUACGCGGUGUUGGGGUUGUCCCACUUGAGACACAGGGCCACCGAGGACCAGAUUAGAAGAGCUCACAGAAAGCAGGUGUUGAAGCACCACCCGGACAAGAAGUCGGCCAGUGGAGGACUAGAAAACGACUCGUUUUUCAAGAUUAUUCAAAAGGCGUUUGAAGUGAUGUUGGACCCCGUAAAGAGAAAACAAUAUGACUCGGUUGACACCAACAACGACCCAAAGCCUCCUUCGCCUAAGCUGAAGUACGAUUUCUUUGAAGUCUGGGGCCCCGUUUUUGAAAGCGAGGCUAGGUUCUCCACCAAGCAACCCGUGCCUUUGUUGGGAUCACCUCAAGCAACUAAAGAGGAAGUUGAAGCAUUUUACACUUUUUGGGGUAAAUUUGACUCGUGGAAGACGUUUGAGUUUAAAGACGAAGAUGUCCCCGAUGACACUGCCAAUAGAGACCAUAAGCGUUACAUUGAGCGCAAAAACAUUGCCUCGAGAAAGAAGUUUAAACAAGAGGACAACAAACGAGUCAACGAGUUGGUUGAAAGAGCCCACAACGAAGACCCUCGAGUUAAACAGUUUAAGGAAGAUGCUAAAAAGGCCAAAGCUGCCAAGAAGUGGGACAGAGAAGCUGGAUCAAGAAAAGCCGCCGAGGAAGCAGCUGCUAAAAAGGCCGCCGAGGAAGAAGCUGCUAAAAAGGCCGCUGAGCAAGCUGCAAGUGCCAAAGCCGAUUCCAAAAAGGCCAAAGAGGCAGCUAAAGCCGCCAAAAAGAAAAACAAGAGGAACAUCAGAGCUGCCGUUAAGGACAACGGGUAUUUUGGAGACGAAGGCAAAGCCAGUGAUAUCGAUGCCGAUGUUGACUUGCUCAUUGAGAAGUUUGAUGACAUUCUUUUGGCAGACGUUGCUAACAAGUUGAAAGAUGCCGAUGCCGCGCUGGUCAAAUCGACCAUUGAAACCGUCGCAAAGGAGUUGGUUGGUUCUGGUUCAUUGGAUAAAUCGCAUUUGAAGUACUUUCAAAUCUAA